UAAUAUAUUUAAGAAUAUAUUUAAAUUAAAAUAUGUGCAUGUGUUUAAAAAUUAUAAAUUAAAUACAUACAUAUGUUUUUAAGAAAUACAAGUGUGAUGUUAAAAAUCAAGAAGCUUUCAUACCGAUGGAUGAUACGUCACACGACUUACCGAUUGAUUUGUCGCUGUGUUGUCAAACAUCCAACUUCAAACAUCACAUGAAACAGUCAUUUACACGUUACGUUUCAUUCGUUAUGUUAUUCCGUACGAUUACGAGAAGAUUGAUGGGCAGUAUUGGAAAUGAAAGAAGCGAGUUCGAGAAAAUUGCUAACGAAAUGGUCGUAUCGAAUAAAUAACAGGAAUUAUUAUUUAAUCAUAAAGAAAUAAAGUUUACUGCGGCUUGUCAUCAACGUAUCUCCACCAUGCACAACAGCGGUUGGAAUAAGUUAAUUAGAACUAACGACAGAUACAAGUAUGAACCGAAAAGCAUCGCUGAGAAAAGCCAUUGCACAACGAGGCUGGCCUUCACGCAAGUAGCCUUUGAUCACGACGAGGAAUCCUUGAUUGCGGUAGACAGCAGAGGAUACUUGCACUACGUUGAAUUGUCCGAGGAUCCCCCGUGUGCCAAGAGACUGGGGAAGGCUGGGCGAGCCAGCUUUUUAACGUUCAAUCCCGUGUGCAAGGGAGAGGUACUGAUAGGACUCGACACUGGUGACAUAAAAGUGUGGAGGCUUCACGUGAGCAUCGAUGAGUCUUGUCUGCUGUCAGGUCACAAACUGGCGCCGACACACGUCUCCUUCUACAAGAACCACUGCCUGACGAGCUCACAAAACGAGAUAAUAAUAUGGCAUCUGCGGUCCUACAGCAGAGCUCAUCAAUUAAAGACCAGCGUGACGAACACCGUGAUCAAGAAGGCUGCAUUCUCAGGCGUGGGCCACAUCGUUGUGCUGUAUCACAAUGAUACCAUGCAAGCCUGGACGUUCGGGCAACUAGACAGGGACACGAAAAUCGACGCAAAGAUAUUUGGGAUACGUUACGUCAGGGACUUUACCUUCACGAAAGAUGGCAGAGCCAUGAUAGUGGCUAGCGCAAGAACCAUAAGUGUCAUUGACACGUGUGACUGGAGCUUAUUGAAGAAGCUGAGCCUACCUACGAAUCUAGUCAACGUAAAACAGUUGUCCGUUGUCUCGCGCCCGUUGAACGGUGGAGCGAACAAGACAGUCGCACUGCUGUCUUCAAAACACACUCUGCACUUUGGUGACACAAGUGCCCCAGAUCUUCUUCAGACAUCCGACGUUACCAGUGGCGUUAAAAAAUUCGCGAUUUCAUCUGCCAGCAGGUACAUGGCGUACAUAGAUCAAGAGGAAUGCUUGAACGUAGCGCGUCUGGACAAGAUGAUCUCCAAAGCAAAAAGAUUGCCGGAGCCGCACAGACUGCAAGCGCAUAAGAUAAGCGAUCACUUGGACUGCAUUAAACAGAGCAUGAAACGAGAGUUAGACGUGAAGCGGUUGGUGCCCAUCUUGCACGAGUUCGGAGAGUAUCCGGAAAAGUAUCGCGCGCUGAUUUGGUCCACCGUAUUAAAGCUGCCCGCUAACAGAGAUGCGUACGUUGCCCUGGCGAGCAAAGUGACACGCGGGAAGUUUGCGCUGAGUACCUUAAGGGACUAUCCAUUGGCGGAUAGAAGUAAAGCAUCCCUGCUGGUGAUGACAAUGGACUGCUUGAUACAGUGGUAUCCUCUGCUGGUACAGAGUCCGUUUCUUCCCAAGCUGAUUUUUCCAUUUCUCGUGGUGUUUCAGAAAGAUCCCUUGCUUGCUUUUGAAUUAAUUCUAAGUAUAUUGCUGAAUUAUUGUCAAAAAUGGUUUGAGUACCAUCCUCUACCGCCGUUGAAUGUUCUGGGAAUCGUUGAGAAUAUUCUCCUGGAAGCAGACCCCGUGCUGUUGAACAUCUUCUACGAGCGUGGGAUCACAAGCAGCGAGUACGCAUGGCCGUUGCUUCAGACAGCCAUGAGUGAAGUGUUGUCGGGAAACGAGUGGUUGAUUUUGUGGGAUCAUCUAAUAUCCCUCCAAAAGCCCGCCCUUCUACUGAUGUGCGUCGUUGCUUAUAGCGUUCACUCGAGGGAAAGUAUAAUUUCUCUGAUAAAAUCAUCUAGAGACGUCGCAGGAUUCUAUACUAGUCAAGGUCAUGCUAGAGCCAAGGAUUUGUUGAGGAUUGCGAGAAGAUUAGACCAGGAGAUACCAGAGCGAACUCAUCCUGAUCGUUAUCUGAGGAACAAAGUACUGCAGUUGAAUUCUACCGGGCCCUAUUUCUUAUUUAUCUCGGGAGAGUAUCCAAAAUUUCUCACCGAAAGUACCGGGCGCAUGGAUUUAGAGAAACUGAAAGUGCAAGCGCAAUCGCAAGAACAUGAUCGCAAAAUUGCAGAAUCAGCUGAGAGAAAGAGAUUGCACCAAGAAACUCAGGCGUUGGCAAGACAAAUUCACAAAACGAGACUGGAUGAGGUACAGAAAUUUUUCCAAGAACGUUCCAUUACUAACUUAGAUUGGAAACUUGAAAAAUUGCUGUCAGAUGCAGAAAGAAAAAGGUUCUAUUGCCAGCAUUCAUGCGAAGAGCCAUUAGAAAUGAUACGAGAAUGUAACAAACGUAAAAGUAAAAUUUUAGAUUUCGAAUGCAUCAAACCGAGCAAUUACGAAAAGCUGCAGCAAGACGUAACAAAGCUCGAAUAUGAAGUACAAAAUUUUCUCGAUUCAUUGAGAUCUCCGUAGAUGAGAAGUGGAUAUUGGUUAGAGCAUACUUUUGCAAUAUGAGUCCUCGAUCUCGCGUAAACGUAAGCGAAAUAAAGCAAUAUUAUAUA